AAGUCUGUUUACUGUUAUGACAUCACAGCUGCGAGUUCCGUACUCCAGCGAGAACCAAUCAGUGGCCGGUGUUGACAUCUGUUCUGUGAAUUGUGGAACUGACCUACUUUAACUUCGAGGAAGCCGAGUAUAGAGAAAGCAUCCGCAUGGAAUGCUAUAAAAUGGAACUUCGAACCACUGAAAGUAAAUCCUGUGUGUGGUUCGUUUAAGGAACGUAUUCUAAAAGGAAAUUAUAUUUUCAAAUAGCAAUGGCAGACAAAUUUGAUGGAAAAUGGCAACUCCACGCAUCCGAAAACUUCGAGGCUCUUAUGGCUAAAACAGGAUGUCCUGAUGAAAGCAUUCGUACGGCGAUGAAAGCGGUGAAGGACACGACACUAGAGAUAUUCCACGAAGGUGACAAGUGGACGUUUCUCAACCACACUGUGUUUGGUGCUCGUCCAGCCGUGUUCCAGAUAGGAGUUCCAACGCCAACGACAACACUGGAUAAAAGACCUCUUACUGCUACGCUGACACUAGAGGGCGACACGUUGAUUCGACAUGCAACUGGAGAUGGGUUUUCUGUGAAACAUAUCAGGAACGUAGUCAACGAUGAAAUGAUUCUGAUCCUCAUUUGUGAAGAUGUGGUGGCGUACCGACGAUAUCACAGAGUUGACUAAGACAGUAUCAAGAACGCUGUACACAUAUACAAUAAUUGUUUAUACUUGUUGAAUUAAAUUAUUUUCUAAUUUUC